AUGGGUAAAAAGAUAAAGAAGGAAGCAGAACCUCCUCGUAAGGAUGUGUUUGAUACAUUAAUAAUUGAAAGCAAAAAUUUAGCAACUGUGGUAUUAAUGCUUAAUUCUCCAGAAGAAGAAAUUUUGGCAAAAGCAUGUGAAGCAAUUUAUAGAUUUGCUUUGAAAGGUGAGGAAAAUAAAGCAACUCUCCUUGAACUUGGAGCUGUGGAACCUUUAACUAAACUGCUCACCCAUGAAGACAAAAUUGUCAGAAGAAAUGCUAAUAUGAUAUUUGGGAUCCUGACUUCUAAUAGUAACAUGAGUUCCAUCCUCACCCUGGAGGUGACCCACAUGGUGGGGCAGACUGCCCCUGAAGAAGAAGUAAUUAUCCACGAAUUUGCUAGUCUUUGCCUGGCAAACAUGUCUGCGGAGUACACCAGCAAAGUGCAAAUAUUUGAGUGCGGCGGAUUAGAGCCCCUCGUCAGACUGCUGAGCAGCCCUGACCCUGAUGUGAAGAAGAAUUCUAUUGAGUGCAUUUACAACUUGGUCCAGGAUUUUCAAUGUCGAACUACACUUCCAGAGCUAAAUGCCAUCCCUCCUAUCUUAGAACUCUUGAAUUCAGAAUAUCCGAUUAUUCAGCUGUUGGCUCUCAAAACCUUAGGUGUUGUUACAAAUGAUAAGGAGUCACGAGUACUGCUAAGAGACAAUCAAGGAGUGGACCAGCUUAUUAAGAUCUUAGAAAGUAAGGACUUGAGUGACCUUCACACAGAAGCGCUGUUAGUGAUAGCCAAUUGCCUUGAAGAUAGUGAUACUAUGAUGCUGAUUCAGCAGACUGGGGGUCUUAAGAAGCUCCUGACAUUUGCAGAAAACUCUACAAUUCCUGAUAUUCAGAAGAAUGCAGCAAAAGCAAUCACUAAAGCUGCAUAUAACUCUGAAAAUAGAAAGUUUUUUCAUGAACAAGAAGUUGAAAAGUGCCUUAUAGCCCUGUUGGGCUCUAAAAACGAUGGAACUAAAAUUGCUGCUUCCCAGGCCAUUUCAGCAAUGUGUGAGAAUACGGACAGCAAGACGUUUUUCAAUACCCAGGGGAUUCCGCAGUUAAUCCAGUUGCUGAAAAGCGACAGUGAAGAGGUGGGAGAAGCGGCCGCGCUUGCCCUGGCCAACCUGACCACCUGCAACCCGGCUAAUGCGAACGCUGUCGCAGAAGCUGAUGGGAUCGGCCCAUUAAUAAACACCCUGUCCAGCACGCGAGAAGGGGCCAUCGCCAGUGCUGCGGCCGCCUUAACCAACAUGGCCAUGCAGGAGCCUCUGCGCGUGGCCAUCCAGGCCCGCGGCAUCAUGCAGGCCCUCCUCGGGCCUCUGUGUUCGGCCAGCACCGUGGUGCAGAGCAAGGCGGCUCUGGCCGUCGCUGCCACUGCCUGUGACUUUGAGGCCCGGACAGAGUUAAGAAAUUUAGGGGGGCUGGAACCCCUGGUGGAGCUCCUGCUCUCCAAGAAUAACGAAGUCCGGAGGCACGCGAGCUGGGCGGUAAUGGUCUGCGCUAGCGAUGAAUUGAUGGCCACUGAAUUUUUCCAGCUUGGGGCUUUAGAUAUCCUUGAAGAAAUUAAUCUUUCAGUAACUCGAAAAAAUAAAUUCAGUGAGGCAGCUUAUAACAAAUUGCUCAACAACAACCUGCCCAUGAAAUAUAGCCAGAUGGGCUAUUUGUCAUCAAGUAAUAUAAUUAGUGAUGAAUUCUAUGAUUAUGGUCAGAUAAAUCGUGGAACCAAGCUUUUGCCUUUGAAGAAACUCUGCUUACAAGAACCAAGUGGUGUGCGUGCUAUACUCUUAAUUAACAGUAAACCGUCUGAAGUUUCUCCACCUCUAUCUUGGGAAGAUAAAUCAUCAGAUAUUGGUUAUGGACGAAGUAUUUCUUCUUCAUCUUUAAGGAGAACAAGUAAAGAUAAGUCCAUAAAAAAUAGCUAUUAUUUUAGUACUGGAUUUGGAUCUCCCACAGAAGAGAAAUCAGAAUCUGCUUCUGGACGAAACACUGCUUCUAGCAAAAGUGCCAUCAAAGAAAAAGGAAUGAGGAAAGGCAAAGGAAAGAAAGAAGAAGAAAAAUUGAAGGAGGAUGAAGAGGGUACAGUGAUCCCCAAAAUUAUUGGAGAUAUGAAGCUUGAAAAAGAAUGGCACCCUCCCUAUGACCCUGACUUCUGUGCAUAUGUGCAUGAAGUGACCAAGUCAAUUCUUCCCAUAACAAACAUUAAGGAACAGAUUGAGACUCUUGCAAAGUAUGUGGCAGAAAAAAUGGGUGGUGCAAUUUCAAAAGAGAAACUUAAUGAGUUCGGCUGGGAACUUCAUAUAAGUGAACUAAAAUUUCAACUUAAAUCCAAUGUUAUACCAAUUGGACUCAUCAAGAAAGGAAUCUUUUACCAUCGAGCUUUGCUUUUCAAGGCUCUGGCUGAUAAAAUUGGCGUAGGUUGCUCUCUGGUUCGAGGGGAGUAUGGCAGAGCCUGGAAUGAAGUUAAACUUAUGAAUGAAUCUUGUAAAGGAGUGAUUGGGGGUACCCCACCCCUUGAGGAAUAUAUAGUUGACCUCAUGUUUUCCCCAGGUGAACUGAUGAAGGUAAAAAGUAGAGAGGCAGAACUUUACAAACAUUUCUAAACUAUCAAAUGAACACAAUAGGGAUUCAACCA